CCGUUAACUGUGCUCGAGGGGGCCGGCUUAGCUAAGGUAGCUACGUUCCGUUUACAGGCCAUAUCCCAGCCCAGAGCCGGUCGGGGCCGUGCCGCCCACCGAGACGAACCUCACAACCCCUUAGGUAAGCUAAUCUCAACCCACCUCCCGCCCUCGCUCACCGAAUAUGCAGACCUUCUUCACCAAUGCCACCACACCUCUUCCGUCAGAUUGCUGUGUAAUUCUGUACAUCACCCUCCAAACCAAUGGGCUUUUUUCUCAUUGCCAGACACGGCACAGCGCCAGUCACGAGACUCUCCCUCGAAGCGGCUUACAGCUCCUUCAGAUGAUCAGAGGUCUCUCUUGCGGCCGCCAAACCAACAACAAAUCCUUUUUUUUCCCUUCCCCCUCCCAAUCCCACCUGAAGCCGCAACAGUGUCCUAGAAAAAGAGAAACCCCCAAUUCAGACCCCCCUUCCAUCCCUUGGCCGAUGCCCACGGCGUCCACGUCUCAUCGACAUCCCGCACUUUCACCAUGUGGGUUUUUGGGUCUCAGUGACAAGAAAAUCCCGCCCCCAAACUUUGCCCAUCAUGAGAGAGAGACCAAAAGUUCCCAAUCGUUUUGCCAAUGAGCCAAUGUCAAAUUCGCCCCCCAUGGCGGCGCGGAUGGGGGGACUUGAGGACCUAC